GCAGUAGUAUCUUUCCAAAAUGGCUGUCGCGCCUCGGCAUCCCGUGUGAGUCUCGACCUGUCUCGCCACCUGGAUUUCAAGUGUACCAUCGUCGUCGCUGAUCUCGGAUGAGAAAAAUAGAUACAGUGAGUAUCAUACGUCUCAAAUAUUCUUCUGGUCUACUACAAAAUUAUUAACUACUACACUGAAGAAGUGAUAAAGGAAAAUCGAUCAAGCUGGCGCCAUUCAAGCUUCGUUUCUCAAAGAUGUCUAAGUCGCGAAGUGGCGGCAGCAAGGGUAGCCGCAGUAACAGCACAGAAUCAGAAGAUCCCUGCCAGCAGCACUCGAUUAAUUCACCACACUUGCUGACAUCGGAUACACUUGGAACGAACGGCAACAAUUUGGUCGUUAGAAGCGAAUCGACGGUGCCGAGUUCGCCUCCGCCUUCUUAUCAGCACGUUCUCGAAGAGACGAGAAUGGAGCAAUCGGCUGAUAAUGAGGAAGAAGAAGAAAUGGACGAAGUAGAAGAAUAUAAAGAAAAACAUCAACAAGCAUUAAAGAGGGAUAAAAAUGCCAUUAGCGGUGAAGGUGGUGGUGGUGGUGGUAGUGGUUGCGGUCCAGGGGGUGGAGGGAGGCAGCCUGCCAAAGAAAUUCUUCACAAAUCAAGCAAAGAGUUUUAUAGAGCGGUUGCCAAACAAUGGGGAAUUACUUGUAAAAUGAGCGAUCAUUGCAGAUGUCUUGAUUGUCAGAGUCAUUAUUUCGACUGUGAAUAUGAAAAAGAUGAACAAGAGAAGACCGACGGUGGACUUGGCGCAGGUACGCCGAUGUUCAUUUCUGGGGUGAUUCACGGAACGGCCUGUGUUCUCUUGUAAGGAGAACGAACUUCCGCGAACUUAAAAAAAACAAACCAUUUUUGCUUUAUCGAAGCCGAAUUUAUUCGUGUUUGUGCGCACAAAAAUAAAAUAAAGGUUAGAAAGUUCGAGCAGUUACUUGUAAUUGACUUAAGUGAGUCAUGAUAGGAAUUUGGUGAUUCUCGAGAUUUAUUGUUGAGACAGACAAAGAUUGUUCAGAUGAAUAAGAAAAAAAGAAAGAUUAUGAAGUGCGCUCGAUGAUGCAAUAAAAAUCCGAUUACGGGGGAAUCUUCUACUUUCGGAUUAACGAAAGUAGAAUAAAAUUAAAUAUCAAAAUAUCAACCUUUUAGAUUUAUCUUCUGCACGCCUAAGCAAUCUGUAAUUUUGUUACUUAAACUUUUCAUUUCUUUCUUCCUCUUUCUCCCUCUUUCCCUCUCUCUCUCUCUCUCUCUCUCUCUCUCUCUCU